GGUAAAGCAGUUCGAAAGCCUCUCUUGGCGAGCUUGUAUUCAGCUCCGCGUUAUUUGCAAAGUAGUAUACCAUUGCACCGCCGGUUUGACUCCGUAUUUCUUUAAUGUGUAUGUGUAUUACUGACAUCCAUUGUGUGUGCUGUGUGAAUAUAAUAUACGUGUUUUUUGGGAUUUCGUUUGCACUCGGUGGACGAAAGUCGCGCUGAUUCGGCAUCCCGAGACUACUGCUCGAGCGAAGUUGACUUCGCAGUUCGAUAAACAUCGCGGCGACUUUUCCGGUCUGCGCUCCGUUUACUACUCAACCCGUUGGAAUGGACUCACGUCGAGGAUUAUUCGAUCACCACUGAGAGACCGCCGCUUCGAUCCACUUCCAUCACAGCCACGGGGGUUAUGUCGAGCUGUUAAAUAACUUGAAAAUAGUAUUGUAUCUGCAUCAACAUGAGUUCUAAAGUUGGACAUGUGUCCAGGGCUGAUAGCUCUACAGAGAGUAAAGCUCAUAAAAGGAAACAAACAUCUCAGGAGACCAAUUCGCAAUCUAGCCGUAGUAAAGAAUCAGACACUUCUUUUAAAAGAAGAGUUAUAGACAAAAGUAAGCAAAUUCGAAAACGUAGCAACUCGUCUAGCAGCUCCAACCGCAGCAGAAGUCCUAUGGCAAGAAGAUCACCUCAUAGAGGCAGAAAUUAUCAGAAUGGUAAUAAUUUUCGUAUGAAUAGGGGAAAUGAUAGACAACAAUUUCAACCGAGAAAUCAAGGUAGAUUUCAACCACAACAACAAAACAGGCCUUUUGAUAACCAAAGGUUCAACAACAGGUUUGAUAACAGAAAUAAUCGCAAUGCUCCCCAGCGCAGGGACAGUAAUCAAUUCAAUCGUUCUUUCGGUGACAGAAAUAGAACAGGAAGAACUUGGAAUCAAUCUAAUGACAAUAGGAAUAGAAUGCCUAUGCAGCGUAUGCAAGGAACUAAUUGGAAUCGCAGAAGCGAUCAAGGUGAUAUCAAUAGACGACCACAAGAGAGAUUCCAAAAUCCUCGCCCUGUUGGUGAGAGGUACUGGAAACAGAGUUCUCCAAUGGACAGGCCGCGCAGUCGUAGUCAUAGUCGUAGCCGCAGUCGUAGCCGAAGUAGGAGCCGGAGUUUCAGCCCAAGCCCUAGCCACAGUUAUAGUCGUAGCCCCAGCCCUGUACCAUCGCCCAAAAAAAUGAUACCUUUAGAUAAAAAGAAGGAAAUAAAAAUUACAAAAGAAGUCAAAACUCUUGCAGUUGAAAAAAUGAAACCACAAAAAGCUGUAGUACCACAGAAAGUUAUACUCGCUCCAGUCAAGCAUUUACCUCCAGAGCCAAAACCCGUAAUGCAAGACAGGAUUCAUAUACCUCAUAUAGAUCUAGAGAAACCUGCAAGUGAGAAAAAGAAAAAGAAGAAGAAGGUGCAGUCAUCGUCGUCAUCUUCAUCCUCUUCUUCAGACUCAUCAUCUAGCUCAGAUAGUGAUUCAAGUGACUCUGAUGAUUCUAGCGAUGAUUCAAGUAGUGAUAGCAGUAGUAGUAGCAGUUCAGAAGAUGAAAAAAAACGGAAAAGAAAGAAAAAGUUAGCCAAAAAAUUAAAAAAGAAGGAAAAGAAGAAGAGGAAGAAGAAGAAGAAGAAGCUAAAGAAGAAGCUUAGUAAAAAAUCAAAAGCUAAUCUUUUAGAAGAUAAAAAAUUGAGCAAUGUAAAAUUAUCCAAAGAGCAAGACAGAUUGCUCAGCGACAUUACCUUAGAGCAAAGUUUGCGAGCUAAGGCUAUGGCUCCUAUUUCAAAGAAAGAAUGGGAAAAACGACAAAACAUUAUUCGACGCAUUUAUGAUGAAGAAUCUGGAAGACAUAGAUUGAUCAAAGGGGAUGGUGAAGUAAUUGAAGAAAUUGUAACCAGAGACAGACACAAGCAAAUAAAUAAUCAAGCAACAAGAGCUGAUGGAGAAUAUUUUCAAUCACAAUUGAGGAAGAAGUAAAUUAAUUCGAAUUUAUGGUAAUUGA